AUGUACAACUAUGAAAACAUUUCACCAUAUUUACGGAUUGCCCAGGAAUUGGGAUUCGCUGACGUAACUGCCCUCAUCGAGUGGGCUGUAUGCAAGAAUUUCGAAGAAUUCGCUACCACAAUGGAAUUCUGCACAAUAACCUGCGACCGAUUACGGCGCCUCCUAGUACGUGAUGACCUUGCCGUUGCCAACAAAGCUACAGUUUUUCGCUCACUGGUCACUUGGCUUAAUGCGCAGAAGUUGGACAAAGCUAUCCAUCAAUCGAUGUUUGAGGAUCUGUUUGCAUUAAUUCGUCUGCUCCAAGUUCCUUCCAACUUUCUGCCUGUGAUGUUGUCGGAUCACCGUGAAUGUUCAACGAGUACC